GCAGCGGCGGCUGGCAGGCCGGCGUCUCUUCUCCCUGGGCCGGGGCGUCGGGCUGGGGGCCUCCUCUUCCGGGCUGCGACAGCGGCCCCGGGCAGCCGUGGCGCCGGCCCGGGCAUGAGCGACGUGGUGGAGCGGACGCUGAGCGCCUUGCCCGGCUUGCUGGGGCAGCACGAGCCGGGGGCUGGGCUGGGCGGCGGCGGCGGCGGCGGGGGACCCGGCCGGAGCUCGGCCACCUCUCGCCUGGGCGGCCUCAUCCGGAGCAUCACCGCGCUCGCCUCCAAACAUGAGGAAGAAAAACUAAUCCAACAGGAAUUAAAUAAUUUAAAAGCAACAGUUUCUGCACCCACUACAACACUGAGAUUGAUGAAGGAAUGCAUGGUGAGGCUGAUCUAUUGUGAGAUGCUGGGCUAUGAGGCCUCUUUCGGGUACAUCCAUGCCAUCAAGUUGGCACAGCAAGGAAACCUCUUUGAGAAAAGAGUCGGUUAUCUGGCAGUUUCUCUAUUUCUUCAUGAAAACCACGAACUGCUGCUUCUGCUUGUGAAUACAGUUGUGAAGGAUUUGCAGAGUACUAACCUCCUGGAAGUGUGUAUGGCUCUGACUGUGGCAAGCCAAAUCUUUCCGCCGGAAAUGAUUCCAGCUGUCCUUCCGCUAAUAGAAGAUAAGCUUCAGCAUUCAAAGGAAAUUAUCAGAAGAAAAGCAGUCCAAGCUUUGUACAAGUUCUACCUUAUUGCUCCCAACCAAGUCCAGCACAUCCACGACAAGUUCCGGAAGGCACUGUGCGACAGGGAUGUGGGAGUUAUGGCUGCUUCGUUGCACAUCUAUCUCCAAAUGGUGAAGGAAAACUCCUCUGGGUACAAAGACUUGACUGGCAGCUUUGUCGCUAUUCUUAAGCAGGUAGUGGGAGGAAAACUCCCUGUAGACUUCAAUUACCACAGUGUGCCAGCACCUUGGUUGCAAAUCCAGCUUCUGAGAAUAUUGGGGCUGCUUGGAAAAGAUGAUCCAAGGACCAGCGAAUUAAUGUAUGAUGUUCUGGAUGAAUCUUUAAGGAGAGCGGAGAUAAACCAUAACAUUACGUAUGCAAUCUUGUUUGAAUGUGUCCAGACAAUUUACACAAUUUACCCUAAAUCUGAUCUACUUGAGAAGGCCGCCAAAUGCAUUGGAAAAUUUGUCCUGUCGCCUAAAAUUAAUUUGAAAUAUUUGGGAUUAAAGGCCCUAACAUAUGUUGUCCAGCAGGAUCCUGCCCUAGCACUGCAGCACCAAAUGACAAUAAUUGAGUGCUUGGAUCACCCUGAUCCCAUUAUUAAAAGAGAGACAUUGGAACUACUGUAUAGAAUCACCAACGGGCAGAAUGUCACUGUCAUAGUACAGAAGAUGCUUGACUACCUAACUCAAAGUAAUGAGGAGUAUACCAUCAUCAACAUAGUUGGCAAAAUAGCAGAAUUAGCUGAAAAAUAUGCUCCUGACAAUGAAUGGUUCAUCCAGACUAUGAAUGCAGUAUUUUCCGUAGGAGGAGAUAAAAUGCACCCUGACAUCCCAAACAGCUUCUUGCAGCUCCUUGCUGAAGGUUUUGAAGAUGCAAAGGAAGAUAGCCAGCUGCGACUUCAUGCUGUCCAGUCCUAUCUUGCGCUGCUAGAGGAUGAAAAUGCAGUUUAUCCACAGAAAUUCCUUCAAGUAAUGAGUUGGGUGUUGGGGGAAUAUGCGUACCUUAUGAAGAACGUGGAUCCAGAAGUUGUCUUGGCGAGUUUGCAUAGGAUACUUAGGAACAAUGCCACUCCUGAAACCAAAGCCUGGAUCGUGGCUGCAGCCACUAAAAUAGCUUCUCAUACCACCUGUUCAAAAACUGUUGAAAAACUUAUCAUGGAAUUCAGUACCUCCUUGGAUACCUGCAUGAGGCAGUAUGCCUUUGAAUUAAAGCAUCUAUAUGAAAACAAAGAAUUGAUGAAGCAACUGUUCUCUGUGGAUGCUAGUUGCAAGGACCUAGUGGUAGAUGCUUCCUUAUCUUUCUUAGAUGGAUUUGUAGCAGAAGGACUGGAUCGUGGUGCAGCGCCAUAUAAACCUCAUCACCAAAGACAAGAGGAGAAGCUGUCUCAGGAAAAAGCUCUGAAUUUUGAACCUUAUGGGCUAUCACUUUCCCAGAGCUUCUCAGCGUCUGGUUUUACUGGCAGACAAUCUCCAACUGGACUUUCUCUGGGGUCUGACAUCUCUGUUAAUAGUGCUGAGACUGGACAGAAGGAGGCCAACAGUCUGAAGCUAGAUGGGGUGAAGAAACUAUGGGGGAAAGAAGGCUACCUCCCCAAAAAGGAAAGCCAAGCAGAAAAAGAAGACAACGCCAAGUCCGUUCUGGAAGGCAGUGCGUUUGCAGAGCAUAUUGUUGGCAACUUUCCAUUCCAGCCCGAGCAAGAAAUGGCCGGUCCGUUGGAGGGAGAGGAAGAGAAGCGUCAACUGGCGUCAACACUCUUUGUUGGCAUAGGGUCUCAAAGCAGCAUCAGUCUGAUGGGUAAGCGAGACUCCACUGCUCAGAAGCUCAGAAGGAAGUCAAAAACAAGCAAAACCCAAAAUAGUGAGGAAUCAUCCAGUAUCGAAAGUGCUGAUGGCCCUUCCCUCUGCCCUUUUCCUGAUGGGAUAUCUAGGAACAAGAACCUCUUCCAAAACAAUGGACACCUAAGAUUAAGGAAAUCUUCACUGAGUGCCGCUGGAACUUCUGAAUCAAAGGUGGUACUUGAUAGGUCUCAUUCUCUGCCGGAAGCUGAACUGAAUGAGAAGCUUUUGGGUCACAGACUUUCGUUGUCCUCUCUGUUUGCGGAUGGCAAUAUGGAAGUUUUCCAGCCUUCUCCAAGUGCUCAGGCUACGGCCCCCCAGCAACUCUCUUUGAUGCCUUACUUACCAGAAGAAGCAGCCAAACACCCUCAUUCGGAAAUCGUAGAGCUUUGCAGCAAUGAAACACUGGUUUUGUCCUCUUGUAAAAUCUGGAAAGAUGACUCUGUCCUACUCUUCUUAUUUCUUGCCAACAAAAGCACUUGCGUACUUAAAGCUGUGAAUCUGGAAUUUGAGCACGCAGAACAUUUUAAGAUUUCAGAAAGCCUUGGUUGCCACUUCGCUGCGGUAGAAGCUCAGAGCACGGAAAGCUUCCAGACGUGUGUCGAGAUGGAGGGGCUGUGCUCUUCAGAGACGCUCUCUGGGUCCAUCAGUUACUUUCUAGAGUCUGAUGCGCUCCUCAGAUUUUCUGUAACUUUAGAACUGUUGGAUUUUAUCAGGCCAAUGAAAAUGAGCACUGAUGAAUUUGGAAAACUGUGGCUCUCCAUUUCGAAUGAUGUCAAACAAAACCUAAAGAUGACGUCAUCUCAGGGAUCUUUGUCAGCCGUCCUAAGCAUUUUGCAGCAAAAGCUGAACCUACAUAUAGUUGAUAUCAUAGGUAGCGAGGGAAUAGCAUCAUGCCGACUGCUUCCAUCCGUCCCCUGUUUACUGCAUUGCCGUGUCCACGCUGGGAUGUUGUCGCUGUGGUUCAGAUCCCAUUGUCCGGCUCUUCCAGACUGUUUACUUUAUCAGUGUCAAAAGGUGAUGGAAGAAUCCUGAGAAAAGGAGCAAAACCCUCCUCUUCUAACCUAAUGGAAAGAAGGACGUGCGUGGCUGUGCCAGGGGGUUACCAAAAGAAAGGCAAUUCUCAUCUUGUUUGUCAGGAGUGAAGUUGCAUAAGCAUGCAUCCUGGAGAGAUGACAGGCGAUUCUGCUAGGUGCCUGCCUCUCUCCCCCCCCCCCCAAAAGCUCAGGGUCAGUCAGUCACUGACAAGGGACUAAGUAAAAGUAUAGGUACUUUUAUGCAAGGUGUUAUGCAAGGUAUUUAUUUUCUGUUAUGUACUUGUACAGGUCACAGCAGUUUAGUCAUAAGAUCAGCUACUACUUGAAUUCUUUCAUUAACGUGGCUUAUGGUGUAAAGGAACUUCUUAAGCCUUGCCUACUGUUCCUGUUGUUCAUGAUGGGGUUGUUGUUUUUUGCAUCUUUUAUACCAGUUUCGCACCAGUAUUGCAAAAGCAGGCACUCUGCUAUAAGAUAAAUCUCCACGAUUGUCCUAUGGUUGUAGGCUGAGUCAUCCUGUGACUCAGCAAUAACCAGCACAUAAAUGCCAAGCUUUGGAAGCACAAGUCAUAUCAUUGCACCUCGCAACAGCACUGGGGCUGCUGUUUUAUGUGAUGCCAUGUUUGAUACCUGCCUUUAAUAGGAGGACUGGGUCUUAUCCUGAGGAUAGGAUACUGGUUUCUUAAGAAUGCAGCUUCAGGCUGUGAGCAGGACUCUGUAGUUUAGCACAGGACUGCAAUUAGAGCCAUCUGUGCACCAAGAAUCUCAGUUUUCAGUGUUUAAAAACACUAGGCUCCAGAGACCACCUCGAGAGGCUCACGCAUGAAUCCAUCAGAAGUUUUGACCUGUCCUUCCUCAUACUGCAUCAGUAGCAUCCCUUAAUUGUACUGACUAUUGCCCAUGGUGAUCACAUGGCACAUAGAUCUAACGCUUGCACUUUUGCAUUAUAAUACAAGCUGGAAUCAAAAGAGCUACACGACAUAUUCCACAUGGCCAAAGACACUGAGCUUGUGUUCCUUAAAGAGCAGCUCUUUGUGCUAUCUAACAAGCUAAUUCUGCUUUUGAAUAUCCUCCCAGAUUCAUUUUGUGACGUAUCAUGGUUGUUCUGCUAUUUAAACCAGGUGUGUGUGUGUCAUAGUUCCCACAGAGGUUGCCCUUAAUGGGCAGACGAAAGUGCAAAACCACCCAUAGCCAUCUUUUGUAUAUUUGCAGCAGCUUUUACAAAAGAUGGUGGAUUGUAUCCAUUGAUAAUCCUACUCAGCUCAUUGAAGUUAAUGGGUGUGACUAAUUUAAGUUCCUUGAUUUCAUUGGGCACACUUUAUGUAUUUAUUUAUUCUAUGAAAUCGAUAUCCUGCUUUUCAAUUCUGUGACGAAUUGUCAAAGCAGCACAUAUAAAACAUAAUACCGUGCCAUCAGAUCCAAUUAUUAAAGCUAGAUUAGAACAGCAGCAAAAAGACAAAAUCGAAAUCAGAACAGGAAAAAUGGUCAGGAGCAGAUUUGUUACGGAGGUUUUGCACCACUGAAGGAUUAUGUUUGAAUAGCACUUCGUUUUUAUCCAUAGGCUUGAACGGCAGCCGUUGUCUGUUGAAUUCAAAGAGACCACUAGAGUAAAGAUGGAUAUUGGCUUGCUGUUUCUGGUGGCUCCAAAGUCUAGAGUAGGACUAGCAUUGGACCCAUUUUUUCCCUUGGGUAACCAGAGUGAAUCUGGCGCAUGUAUACAGCAAUAAAAUAGCUUUGUUUGCAGGAAAGUUUAGACAUACGUAGUAUCUCCUGACUACUUAUCUCUGCUGUAUUUUAAAUACUAGUUGCUGUUGCAGCAGAACAAAAACAUUGCAAGUGGCUGACAUUUUUCCAUUCAUUUGUUGUGAUACUUUUUGCUGUUCAGUGAAUGAGAGAAAUAGGACCUUUCAAAGCUACAGCACAGGGUACCUCCUCUUUUUUUAAAAAUGGUGAUAUUAGUUAUGAAGCUUUUUUGAUUUGUAGCCCAGGUUUCUAGCUCUUAUAGCUCAAGUAUGAGAAUUGACACAGUUGAACCAGCAUUUCAGUGUGUUUGAUCCUGGGUGGUUUAUAACAUUUUUGAAGGAGAGUAAUUUCCAUCAGAAAAUUCAACCAGGAAACCAAAAUUUUGAUAGACUUAUUAAGAAAAGAGUAACCACAGUCCUAGUAGUGUCAAAGUGUUGCUCUUCAUUUUAAAUUGGUCAGUUUUAAAUAAUCAAUGAUAUUCCCCACACAGUCAGUAAUCUGUAAAGUGAAAAAGUGAUUUUUCUCUUCAAAACAAAGCUUGCCUGAUUUAGAUCACCGCUAUUUUUGUAAUUGUUGACAAGCAGGCAUGAUUUGGACUUUCUGAGUUGUAAAAUUACAAUUUUUGAUUUCCCAAAGGCUAAAUUCCCAGGCUGAGAUUCCAUAAGCACGAGUGCUUUGACACUCUCUUUUAAUGUCUUGCUUUAUAGAAAUCCUUUGGAAUGAUUCCAGUAGAAGGAAAUGGAUACAGGAAAAUGUUAGGGAAGAAUUUCAAAUCCAUGUGUAUUUUCAGAUAUGUAGUUCAGGAAAACAUUAACAUUCAACAUUUUCACUUGUCUGCAGUGCCAAUGUAAUGCCUCUUCAACCCAACGAAACACUGGUGUGUGAUUAGCAUUGAACUCAUGGGCAUACCCCACCUGCUUUCUGAUACGAUAAUUAUUGAUUAGGUUGAAAAGAGUGCUGUUUUUAUUACAUGUGUUUAAAUAUUCUAUCUCCCAUCUUAAAAUGCUGCUCAGAGUUGCUCUCAGCUUGUUUAAAAAUCAGUCAAUAAUUAAUAGAUAAUGGCUUGUAUCCACUAGCGCUAAGUUAAGGUCACAGUUCUUGUUCGGCUGGUAUAACGAGUAAGAAACCCGCAAAAUGGUACCCAUCACUGUGAACAUGACAAUGAGAGCAAGGGUUGACACUCUACUGGCCUACCAAACAUUGUACUUCUCUACAUCUGGAGAAAGGUAGAUUCUAUAAUAGUGUACUGUGCUGCUGUCAUCAAUGUAACAGUGGUGAGCAGUUGGCCGCCACAAGCCUUGGCACACAACAGCUUUAGUUAAAUAAUUCAAUUUUUAUACUGCCCUUCAAUGUAUGCUUUUAAAAUGUGUGAUUUACAAAAGUUAAGGUUUGAUUAAAAAUACGAUAGGACAAGUCACCAAAUAACUCCCAAACAUCUGUGAUAAAAGUCACCUUUGACUAGUUAAAAGCUCCCUCUUGGAAUGAUAAGACUCGUUCCUUCCAGAACCUCGGGAGAAUUGACGUUCUGCAUAAUGCAGGAAAGUGUACCAUGCGAGGGACACGUUUGGGGGAAAUGCUGGAUACACAUGAAUAGUGUAACUUUUGUCACAUCAGAGGAAAUAAAAAGAGGAGAGCCAAUUGCACUGUGUUUUGGAGACUUUGUAAAUGAGCUCUGUAUUGUAUGAAAUGUAAAACAGCAGGAGAAGACUGUUGCUCUGUGGGUGGCAGGAGACAGCUGGGGGAGAGGAGAGGUUUUCUGCAGCCUCCUCCAGAUUGUGGAAUGCUUUCCUGCAGUGUUCUUACAUGGCCCCCUUUUGUAGACUCAUGAACUUGAAAACACCCUCCCCACAUCUGUCAUUUGAGACUUAUUAGAGACUCUCGCUGUCCUUAGGUUGUCUUAAACGUGUGUUGACGUAAGUUCUGUUGCGCUGUUUUUCUAUUUUGUCUGGAUUCUUUUCACUUGUAAUGUGCCUUGUGAGUUUUACGUUGAAAGGUGGCCCAUAAGUAUUGUUAAGCAAGUACAGCACCACACAGCCGAUGAGAUCCCAUUCAGUGACUGAGGAAAAGCGGAGAAGGGGAGGCCCAAUUUCGUCAGCUGUCUCAGCAGUGUCAAACCACAGCCCCUCUCCAUUCCCUUCUAUGGCGUACAGCAGGGGUGGGCACUUGGAGGCCCUCUUCACAUUGAUGGCUGGUCCACUAGGGUGAGUGGGGCACUGCCCCACCAGCCUCAGCCUUCCCCUCCAGCCUAUCGGUCCACCUUCCUAUAUCUAGGGUGGCUUUGCCUGUCAUUGGGUCUAGCUUCACCCAAUCCAGAUGGUCACCAGCCUCCAACACCUUCAGAUUUUAUUGGACUCCAACUCCCGUCAACCCCACCCAACAGGGCCCAAUGGUCAGGGAUGAUGUGAGUUAGUCCAGCAACAUCUGGAUUUCCACAGGUUGCCUAUCCCUUGCAUGAAGCAAAGCUGCAGUACGUACUUUCUGGAGGACACGAGGAUACAGGAUGUGGAAGCACAGAGUGACCAGUUAGCAAAAGCUGAGAGACAGGUAUUUCUCUCCUUUCUUCCAAUGAUGUCUAAAUGGAGGGAUUCACAAAAGUGCACUAAAAUAUAACUCUUAAAAACAAUAUUCAGAUAUUAAUGUAUACUUAUGUUUACUUUAUGCCUCAUGGAUGUAAAUGGAAGCCUAUAUUUUGGAGAAAUGAAUAAAUAACUCUGGGAACUUUCCUUCCAUGUGACUGUUAACAGCGUGCAUCAGAUUUAAAGGCUAGAACUGAGCAAAACCAUGGAUGCUACAAGAGCUAGCAAAGCUACCAUUUCUCUCCUAUGCAGUUUUCUACCAUGUCCAUCAGGUGGUGUUGGCAUGAUGUUAAAUAAUAGCUAUGGCUUUCACAUGUACAUGUGCUGGGUUCAUUUUUUUAAACGUUUUGUUUGAAAUCUUAAACUCUUUUACUAUUUAUCUCCCAGUAUGCAGAAUUUAAGAGAACAAUCAAACUUGGUUGAAAAUAAAUGGAUUUGCUUACUUUUA